AUGGAAUAUCGACAUCUGCUCAUGGCUGCGGCAUCAGAACGACGAGGGAACAUACUAGCUCGUUGUUUGUUGUACUUUCUCUGUAUAGCGUCCUUAUGCGCUGGUGGGUUUGUCUUCUGGUUUACGUAUCAUUUGCGAAGCAAGGCUGGGCUUGAUAAGUCCAAUGUCAACAGCAACAUCCCAUCUAUGAACCGGCGCAGCAUGCCCGACACGACACAAGAGUCUGUUCCUACCAUACUGACAUUCACGAAUACGACUUCAUGUGAUCAAGGAACCGUUGCGGCCGGCGAAACACAAAAGUUCCUCCCCCUCUGCAGAUUCUGUUGCGCCCACGGAUACUGUCCUCAGCCAUGCAUAUGCACAGGCUACGGUGAGGAAUCUUCCCUCCCUCCCGUGACAGGUGUCCAGGCUUGUCGUAUCCAGGGCACGGAGAAAGCAAAUGACGAGUUGUGCGCGUUUGCUUGUGCCCAUGGCUAUUGUCCUUCGGAAUCAUGCACGACAGGAUGCGAGUUUACAAAUGGAAAGAUGAACAAGCUUGAGCAGGUGCAGUAG